AUAGACGAACUGGGCAAGGUGCUCACGCCCACUCAGGUCCAGCAUCGUCCCACCAGCAUUGAGUGGGAUGGCUGUGAUCCCCAGAAGCUCUACACCCUGGUUCUCACAGACCCGGAUGCUCCCAGUAGGAAGGACCCAAAGUUCAGGGAAUGGCACCACUUCCUGGUGACCAACAUGAAAGGCAACAACGUGGGGAGUGGGACUGUGCUGUCAGAUUACGUGGGCUCUGGACCUCCCAAAGGAACAGGGCUGCACCGCUACGUGUGGCUGGUGUACGAGCAGCCGAAGCAGCUGACCUGCAAUGAGCCCAUCCUCUCUAAUCGCUCUGGUGACAAACGAGGGAAGUUCAAGGUGGCUUCUUUCCGCAGCAAGUAUGAGCUGGGGGUGCCGGUGGCUGGCACUUGCUACCAGGCGGAGUGGGAUGACUAUGUGCCGAAGCUCUAUGAGCAGCUGUCGGGGAAGUAGGGUGAGGGGAUCUAAAGAAGCACUGUGCAGCACCCCUGCGCCCCUGGAGACCAGGCAGGUCAGAGCAUGUCGCUGUAGUUUUGUUUGAUUAGCAAGUUGAACCCAACUGCUCCUGCGCUGAC